CUGUAGAUACGAUAACAGGUGCUCUCAUAUCGCAUGACACUAUGACGAAUACAACAGAUUGGAUAGUAAUGCCUUAUAUAAACAGUGUACACAUCCAUUCAUUCAUUCAUUUGUGCUCGUAAGUUUCGUCAUUUACAGGAGUGUUAAUUUGACAGAUCUCGUUGUAUCCCAUAACUCUUUACCACUAUGGAACAUCAAUUCUGCUACUCGACUUUCUGGGACUUGGCCACAUCAUGGGACACUUCGCACCCAGAUUUAUCCCUGUGUUUCGAGAAGACCGUGAUGGUGUGGACCCCAUGUCUGGUGCUAUGGCUCCUCUCGCCCCUGGAACUAUGGCUCAUAUACACCAGCAAAUGUAGGGACGUUCCAUGGGGGUUCACAAACAUCUCAAAAUUGUUCUUGAACCUGCUAUUGAUAAUAAUUAGUGUCAUGAGCCUGGGCUGGUCAGCUCUUCAGUUUUUCCAAGAUAACAAAGUUUUCCUGGUUGACAUAUGGACUCCGGCAAUUCAGACAGUCACAUUUAUACUAGCAGCUGUGCUUUUGUUGUCGGACAAGGUGCGAGGACUUCACACUUCCGGAGUGUUGUUUCUGUUCUGGUUGUGUUUGACAGUUACUGGAGCUGCUCAAUUACGCACGGAGAUCCUGCACGAUAACACUACAGAUGAAGAAGAACCCAACUUCAAAAAUAUCCUGUUCCUGAUAUACUAUCCGGUUGUUGUUCUAAUGUUGGUGAUAAAUCUGUUUGCGGAUCCUCCACCCAGGACCACAGACUAUCCGAAAUACCAGAAGCUGUGCCCUGAAGUUCAAGCGUCAUUUGUCUCUAAAAUUGUGUUUGGAUGGUUCGAUGCGCUGAUUAUUAAAGGGUUUCGAAACCCACUGACUGCAGCAGACCUGUGGGAUUUGAGAUACAGAGAUACUUCCUCACAGGUGGUUCCACGUUUUGAGAAAGCCUGGAAAAAGAAGUUAGACCAUGCUGCAAGGACUCCCAAAUUCAAUUCCAAGACGACACAGAAUGGAGGAGCUAUACCAAGUGCGAAAAACAGACAGAGCAAACCUGUUUCAAUUGUUGGUCCCCUAUUCAAGACGUAUUGGAUACCAAUGUGUGGUUCUGCAUUCACCAAAUUAUUAUCUGAUGCUCUAGUGUUUAUCAAUCCACAGGUCCUGAACCUAAUGAUCAGUUUCGUAGCCGGAAGAGAGUAUCUAUGGAAGGGGUUCGCGUAUGCCGCCACAAUGUUCGUUGCCUCAGAGCUGCAAACUAUCUUGGCUCACAACACGUACAUGGUCAUGUACAAUGUUGGCAUCAACUGGCGGACAUCACUCAUGUCUUUAAUUUACAAGAAGGCUCUCAGAGUUUCCAAUGCUGCUCGUAAGACCUCUACGGUGGGAGAAAUCGUAAACUUGAUGGCAGUGGAUGCACAGAGAUGUGCUGACUUUGCUCAGUACCUCCACUUCACAUGGACUGCUCCGUUAAUCAUCAUUGUGGCCCUCUACUUCUUGUGGCAGAUCCUUGGUAUAGCGAUGAUGGCUGGUCUCAUCGUCAUGAUCAUUAUGAUCCCAAUCAAUAGUGUAAUUGCCAACCAAAUGAAGAAGCUGCAGAUCAAGCAAAUGAAGCUCAAAGAUGAGAGACUGAAGCUCACCAAUGAGAUCUUGACAGGAAUUAAGGUUCUGAAAUUGUAUGCUUGGGAGCCAAGUUUCAAAGAUUAUAUCCUGAAAAUCAGACGUCAGGAAUUGUCGAAUAUGAAAACAUCUGCUUACUACGGAUCUUCCCUUUCAUUUGUGUGGGUCUCGUCAACAUUCCUUGUCUCAUUUGCAAGCUAUGCCACUUUUGUAUUACUGGACGAACGCAAUGUCCUCACUGCAGAGAUUGCGUUUGUUGCUGCAGCUCUCUUCAAUGUUAUGAAGGUUCCAAUUGCGAUGCUUCCAUUUAUAGUGCAAUUGUUGCUGCAGUUUUUCGUAUCCGUGAAAAGAAUCAACAAUUUCUUGAAUGCUGAAGAGUUGGAGUUUGAUGCAGUUUCACACGACAAGACUAGAAAGGAAUCACUAAUUAUUGAGGGCGGGACAUUCUCCUGGGACUUAGAAAAGGCUGAAAAUGCAGCUCUACGCAACAUCACUCUAAAGGUUCAACCCGGACAGUUGGUAGCAGUGGUGGGGGCAGUUGGCUCUGGCAAGAGUUCUCUCAUAUCUGCCUUUCUUGGCGAGAUGGAUAAGAUCUCUGGAUAUGUCAACACCACCGGCAAGAUAGCUUACGUGCCUCAGCAGGCUUGGAUCCAGAACUCUACGCUCAGAGAUAACAUCCUGUUUGGAAUCAGCUACAAUACCAAACAGUAUCAGAAAACCGUUGAAAACUGUGCUCUGAAGCCAGACUUUGACAUGCUGCCUGCAGGAGACAGUACUGAAAUUGGAGAAAAGGGUAUCAACCUGAGUGGGGGACAGAAGCAGAGAGUGAGCCUGGCACGAGCUGUGUACCACGAUGCAGAUGUAUAUCUACUGGAUGAUCCUCUUAGUGCUGUUGAUUCUCAUGUGGGAAAACAUAUCUUUGAUAACGUUAUUGGACCUCAAGGCCAGCUUAAAAAUAAGACACGAGUGUUGGUAACACACGGAGUAACUUUCCUGCAUCAAGUGGACGUCAUCGUCGUAAUGAAGGGGGGAGAGAUCUCGGAGAUGGGGACAUUCAAGGAGUUAUUGGCCAAGAAAGGAGAGUUCUCAGACUUUUUGGUGCAACACAUCGUAGAAACUGAACAAAGCGAAUUGGACGCUGAAAUAAAGGAAUUGAUCAAUGAAGACACUGCACUGAGUCAAACCAUUCAAAGAAAACUAAGUACAAAAGGUUCUUCUGAUUCUGUAAAAUCAACUUCCUCAGGAAGCAGACAAAGAAAUGAGAUGGAAUUUGAUAGUAAAGUUACAAACAAGGAUAAAUUAAUUCAGGUGGAAAAAACUGAAACUGGUAAAGUGGAGUUGGGUGUGUAUAUACACUAUCUGAGGUCUGUUGGCAUGUUCCUUGGAGUAUCAGCAGUAGUGUUCCAAAUACUCUCUCAGGCUGCCAAUGCCCUUAGCAGUGUCUGGCUGUCCAAAUGGACCUCGGAUACCACGGCAGCUGUUAAUGGUAUCCAGGUAGUGGACAAGCGUAAUUCUUACAUUGAGGUGUACGCUACAUUUGGCAUCGGCCAGGCUGUUUCAGCAGUGUUGUGUUCCUUUGCACUCGCGUUUGGUAGCAUAAGGGCCUCACGUGUACUGCAUGAGUCUAUGUUGGCUAAUGUUCUGAGAGCGCCGAUGAGCUUCUUUGACACCACACCUACUGGGAGACUGGUCAACCGGUUUGGCAAAGAUGUCAACGCUGUUGAUGGCAUUCUUGCCAUGACCAUAGCCCAGGCAUUGGCAGGAAUUUUAACAGUUAUUUCAACAAUAGGAGUAAUUGUGUGGUCAACACCAAUUUUCGCCUCGGUCAUUCUGCCAGUUGGGCUGCUUUAUUACUUUGUUCAGAAAAUGUAUGUGGCUUCUUCGCGACAGCUUAAGAGGAUAGAGGCAGUCUCUCGUUCCCCUAUCUAUUCCCACUUCAGUGAAACUAUCUCAGGUGUCUCUUCGAUAAGAGCAUAUGGAGCAGAGACUAGAUUCAUGCAAACAUUAGAGGAAAGGGUAGAUGCGAACACUGUCUGCCUCUAUCCCACCCUAGUAGCAAACAGGUGGUUAGGUAUACGCUUGGAAACUAUUGGAAAUGUAUUAAUAUUUUUUGCGGCUCUCUUUGCGGUUUUGGGAAGAGAUAAUCUAGACCCUGGUAUUGUAGGCUUGUCGAUCAGUUACGCUUUACAGAUCACUUCCAUGCUAAAUAUUGCUGUGAGAUUUAUAUCUGAAGUGGAAAACAACAUCGUUUCAGUUGAGAGAAUAAAGGAAUACGCUGAAGUCCCACAGGAGGCGGCUUGGGAGGUACAGCCCAGACCUGAUAGUAAGUGGCCCAACCAAGGGGUUGUGCAGUUCCAGGACUAUCAGGUGAGGUACAGGGAAGGUCUUGACCUUGUACUGAGAGGGGUCAAUUUCACUAUCUCUGGAGGAGAAAAGAUUGGGAUAGUUGGACGCACUGGAGCAGGAAAGUCCUCUCUUACGCUCUGCCUAUUCCGUAUAAUUGAAGCUGCUGGAGGUCGUAUCCACAUAGAUGGCCUCGACAUCUCCAAGAUUGGACUAGGUGACCUCCGCUCCAAACUUACCAUCAUUCCACAGGACCCAGUGCUAUUUUCUGGUACACUCCGGAUGAACCUGGACCCAUUCGAGGUGUACAAUGAUGCAGACGUUUGGCGAGCUCUGGAGUUAGCUCAUCUUAGCGAUUUUACCAAAACACUUAAUCUUGGACUCAUGCACACCAUUUCAGAAGGCGGUGAAAAUUUGAGUGUUGGACAACGGCAGCUAAUUUGUCUAGCACGAGCCUUGCUGCGUAAGACUAAAGUACUGAUCUUGGAUGAGGCAACGGCAGCAAUAGACCUAGAGACUGAUGAUCUAAUUCAGGCAACCAUCCGCAGAGAGUUCCGGGAUUGUACAGUUCUCACCAUAGCUCACAGACUGAACACUGUUAUGGAUUCUGACAGAGUUCUGGUGUUGGAUAAAGGUUACAUAAAAGAGUUUGAUUCUCCUCAAAAUCUACUGCAAUCUUCCUCAACAAUAUUCUACGGAAUGGCUAAGGAUGCAGGACUUGUAUGAAAUGAAAAAUAUCACGUGUUAGGCCUACCAUAUAAUAUUUACAGAGCAAAUUCAUAUUGUUUAGUAUAUGAAUUAAAGAGUAUAUUACUCUUAAUUAUAUUAAAAUUGUAUAAUGUCCUUAAAACUCAAAGAACAGCUGAACAGCUUAUUAUAAUCAAGGAAAUUGGAAGGGGGGUCUGUAAGGUUAGUUUCAGUUCUUCUGUUUCCUUUCAAACUAAUCAUCCCUUAUCUAUUAUAAUCCCAGAAAAAUUAUAAUAACUAAAUAUAUAAUGUAAUAUUUUCAUAGAAUAGCCACAAUUCCAGACACUUCUCCAAGUUUGGAUGGACAAGACUAAGACUAUAAUUGAAUAAAGGCACAAAGUUCACUUCUAUAAUUGAACUAGAGGUUGCCCAAAAGCCUAGCACACAAUUUCCUGCCAAAAAUAAAAAUGCCAAGGAUGUCUUCAUUUUAAUUUAAAUCCAAAAUACUCAUGAUAUAGUCACUGAAAGAUGUACCAAUCUAUUAAUCAAUUUUAGAUUUUUUUAUAAAGCUGUGUUUUGGAGCCUUGAAGUCGGAGAGUGAAACAGUUUUUAUAAGUACCUGUAAAAUAACUUGAGUUUUUCUCCAAUAACUCCAUAAUAUUUGAUUGAAUAGCUUCAACAGUUUGAUUAACAAUUGAACUAGUUUAGGCCAGUGAGGAAGAAUCCUAAAGUCACAAUCCUUAUCUGUUCAUUUAACACACUUAUUAUGUAAUGAAUAAUUUGGAAAUGGAAGUAGGCACAUUAGAUACGUAUUAUUAUUUCAGUGUUCAUGGUUAAGAGCAUGACGCAAAAUUAUAAAUGUUUUUAUUCUAGGAUUUGUAUGAGUAUGAGCAUUUCUAAUUCAAAUGAAUUAUAUUUCUAACCAUGGUUGAGUUUGCUUUGUUGAUCCGAUCAGGUUAAGUGUAAGAAAGGACUAUGUAGUCCUACCUUCGCCUGAAAAAAAAAUAAAGAGAAUUUUUAUUUCAUUUCAUUUUCAUUUCAUCAAGGAAAACUGUGUGUAUAUAUAUAUAUAUAUACAGGUCUGAGAAGCCUACUUCCGGUAAAAAAUACGAUUAUGGUGUGUUUUAUAACAGUCUUCAAAUCUACAGUAAAAGUUACUUUGUAUCUGCAUUAAACUUCUGGUCAAGCACUACAUACUUAAUAUUUGCUAAAAUCUAUACAGUUAAAAAUAUAGUUUUACUAAAAAUUCCAAUUUUAUUGUUUGGAUAACCUAUGUGUUCAAUAGUGAUUACAGAACAGGUUUAUAGGUUCUUUCAAUUAAUAACAUCUAUUUGUUGCAAUGCAUUUCUUGCAGGUAUGCAUUUUUUCACAACUUUAGAGCCCAGUAGGGUGGUGCUCUCAGGUUGGAGGUAAAAAUCCUUCCUUAGUGGACUUCUAGUACAUAAGAUAAACCUAUGAGCAAAAUUUUAUGUCUAUAUCUUUUAUAGUUUUUGCAGAGUGUUUAUGAGUACUAAGUCAGUCAGGACAUCUCCUGUUAUAUAUAGAUAAAAGAAAUAGAAAUAAUUAUAUAUUAACAACACUAAACUCUUUAACUAUCCAUUUAAUUAAUAACAACAUUUGUUGUUUGAUUUAUAUCAAUGUUUUUAUAACAAAACAAGCAUUUCUGUGAUUAAUGUCAUGUAAUUUUAAAGCGAUAUGUUUUUCCCCCUUAUAAUACUUAUCAAACUGCUUUUGCCAUUAUUUAACUUUCACAUACAAAUCUUGUAUUUUGUUAGUAAACAAAACAACUGUUAUUGUAAUUGUCUAAAAAUAAGUUUGCCACAAAAGAGACCUUUCAUGCAUAUCCAACUUGCUGUUGUAUUUUAAUUUUUUUAACAAACCAUCUCCACUGUAAUAGAAUUGAAUUUUGAAAAGUUUACAUUUUAAACUUAUGUAAAAUAAUACUGGAUGUUCUUGUAUUAAGUUUUGUUUAAUACACAAUAAGGUUCUUUUUGUAUAAUACUCGUAUUAUUAAAGUUUUUAUUUUGUA